CGUCACAAGCCUGGAUUCGGCUACUGCGACCAAAAACAGAUUAUGCGGCUGGAACAUGGCUGCAGACAGAGGAUCGGCCCAACCGAGUUUUACGUGUUACUGGCCCUGACCUGAGGGAAGGGAUGAGAAUGCAAAGCUGGUUACUGGAGGGAGGAGCAACUAAUGCAGGCUCCUUGAGGUUAGAAGAAGAGGAUCUCUUGAUCAAGGACACCAGUUCCCUGGAAGAAGUGAGAGUGCUCUCUCAACAAUCUAAAGCCGGGAAAAAGUCUGCCCUCUUAAUAGGAAAAGCAGACCGAUUCAAGGUGGAGCCCCUUCUGACAGGCUGGGAAGUUCAGACCAAGUUUACACCUCUAUUCCAUUAUAAACUGAAAAUGGGAGUUCAGAGCCAGCAAGGACAGCUAAAGAAAACGGCGGCUGCCCUUGCGAUCAAGAGAUCAGAAGCACAGCAACUGGAGGGCGUCUCAGAGAAAGGCCUGUUUAGUCUGUGGAAAGCUCUCACUUUCAUCCCAGCCCAGAAGCAUGCGAGUAUAAUGUGGAUUCAAUCCCUGUUGGUGACAGCCACUGCAAUGUGGUUAUCAACAAGAGGGAUUGACAAAUACGAAUAUGAAUUGUUGUCAUGUGAAGGCAGGAAAGGAGGAGGAGGAGGAGCAGGAAGAAGAGGAGGAGGAGGAGGAGGAGGAGGAGAGGGGAGAGCAAGAGGAAGACGAACAGAAGGAGAGGAAGAAGAGGAAGAAGAAGAGGAGAGUGAAUGCAGGCUGAGUGGUGGUGGUGGUGGAGGAGGAGGAGGAGGAGGAGGAGGAGGAGGAGGAGGGGGAGAAGGAGGAGGGAGGAAAGAGGAAUUGGCACCAGUGGCACAACAGCGACAAGAGCUGUGUCAGGGUAUCACCAAAAUCAAAUGUCUGGAGGGAUACUAUGGCUUACGCACGCUAUACCUGGAAGCAAAUGCGAUUUCGAAAAUCGAGGGCUUGGAUUCAUUGGUCAACCUCAGGUGCCUUUAUCUCAAUAAGAAUCUUAUAAAAGACAUUGAGGGACUGGAUAAAUUGGUGAAUCUGGAGGUUCUUGACCUUUCUGACAAUCGAAUAACAGAGGUCAGGAACCUGUCUCACUGUCCAAAACUGAUGAAUCUGACCAUCACCGACAACUACAUUCGCACGGCUGAUGAUCUGUCAGACCUGCAGAGUUGCCCUGAGCUGAGGCUUUUGGAUUUAUCCAAGAACCGGAUUGACAAUGAGGAUGCUCUGCAGCUUAUCAGAGGUCUACAACUCAGCCUCCUACGUCUGAUGGGGAAUCCCAUCAUCAGCUCAACAAGAAACUACCGGAAGAAGACAAUUGCAAACAUGCCCUCGCUGAAGUACCUGGAUGAUAGUCCUGCAUUUGAGAAGGAGCGCCGGUUUGCGGAGGCAUGGUCGAAAGGAGGAGUGGAGGCCGAGAGGGACAUGCGUGUCACAGUAGGUCGAGAAGAAGCGGCGACGCGCGAACGACAUCGGAAAGCUUUUGAUGACAUGGUGGCCAACGCGAUAAAACACGGCAACGAGUUGAAAAUCGCGAAGACUGCCUGUGCUUCGUACUCUCUCCAUUUAAUGCCGAUUGAUGCCGCACAGAUGGAGGCUGACUUUGUCAAGGCAAAGGAGGAGAAGGAGAUGAACAAGAGUCUGGCCGAAUUGUCGUCCAAUGUCUGCGCGACGGCCUUGUCAUCAUUCGAUACAAGGAAGACUGAGGAAAUGGGAUUAACAGCUACCCAAAGGAAAGGACUGGAGACUGAGGACGAAGCAGCAUCCGAUGAAGAUGUCGAUGAUGACGAUGCAGCAUUCAUGGCUGGGUUCCAGGAGUUGGAGAAAGAACUGAAGGGAUGGCUGCAAGAAGAACAACUGAAAAAUGGUGACGGAAAGGAAGAUGGAUUGCGUGGUAACGCCCUCCAGCUUGAAGGGCAACGGAGCGUUCAAUCGAGUACCGGAAGCAACAGUCCCGAGACAGACGCAGUACGUGUUCGCCGGCUGAAGGAGCAGUUGGCAAGGAUUGCGGAAGCGGCAAGGCAGCACAAGAGGAGGUUAUCGUCGCAAUCAACUCCAAGUCCCGCAGAUGUUUGUGUGUCCAACAAGAUGGAGUGGAGAGCGAGAGAAGCAGAUGUGAAUCUUCCUUUCACAAGUGCUGUGAAUAUUGGGGGGAACACCACAACGACAAACGACACUGACCUGUUAUCUGACAGAUCAAUUGCAGAUGCUCUCCAGGAGGAGGCAAACAAUGCUUUCAGGGCAUUAAGAUCUUGCGUCACUCAAGCACACACGUUUAAGCGAGAGCUUCGCCAGCGAGUGCAGGCAAGAACAGCAAGAAUUGGAAACAAAGAAGGCGCAUUACGAAACCUGCGAAAGGUACAGAAGCGAGGUGACCGUCUAGUAGUUUAUCAGAGUCCGAAACAGAAAAUUAUGAAGGGUGAAGGCGAGGAGAAGAAGGAGGGUGAGGGAGAGGGGAAGAAGAAGGCUGAGGAGCGAGAGGAGGAGAUGAGGAGGAGGAGUAGUAGUUUACAAGAAGACAGUGAUUGGGUACCCCGUGACGAGAUGCCCUCGCCUUUUCUGACCUGUGGUGGUCCCAUGAUUUGGGGUACAGAGAAAUAUGCAUCUCUUUGGCGAAAGGCGCUGGCUAUGGAAGACAGCAACGCCAAUCUGCUGGAAGAGGGGGGGGACAGGGUGGAAAGUAGACCAAAGAUAUCAGACAGUGAUACACCCGGCGACGUGUUUUGUAACGGCCAUCCCCCUGACGGGCAUCAUGGUAAUCUGGACCACUGGCAGUCCAGGUACAUCCGAUCUGAGGCUGACCAUUGCAACAACAUGAACGGUCGCAGAGAAGACGACAGCCAUGUGAAUUGCAAUGACGUUGCCGAAACUCGUAACGAUAACCAUGAGCGCAAUCGCAGCAGCGGAAGGAAUGAUGUGCAUGGCGAUGGUGGUGAGCACAAGGGUACUGAACUCGAAUACAACAACAUGAAGAUGGAAGACACAGAUCAUGACAAGCAAAUGCAUUGUGGAGAAAGAGAUCUUAACAAGGACCCCGAGGAUCGUGAAGAUGGCGAUUAUUGUGAUGACAUUGUGAACCGUCAAGGCGAAGGUCAUCGGCACGAGGAGGACCGCAGAGAUGCAGAUGGAAACAACCUUGUAGCUGAUGGCGAUGCAGACCGCGAGGCCGUCGCUGUCCGCGGUGAGAAUCUUGGUGGCGCUGGGAACCAACGCAUUGCCGAAGAAAACACUCGUCUUACAGGCAGGAGCAGUCAUAUUAAGGAUGAUGAAAAAUCUCAAUGUGAUGAUGAAGAAAGCCAGAAAACGCACACAGCAGGCAACACUUCUCCCAGAGCAGGUGCAGAUGCAAGCAACAAACUAGCAAGCGGCAGUAAUGAACCUGUGAUGCUGGACGUGUGUCGAACCCGUGCAGACUCUGUGAAAGGCAAUGUAGCAAGUGGUGGUGGUGGUAACGAACCCUUCCUGCCGAACCUGUGCCAAACCUGCGCCGAACCUGUGAAAAGCAAUAUAGCAAGCAGCAGUGGUGGUAAUGAACCCGUCCUCCAGAAUCUUUGCGCAACCUGUGUGGAAUCUACGAAAAGCAAUAUAGCAAGUGGUGGUGGUGUUACUCAACCCAUCCUGAACCUGUCCCAAACCUGUGCCGAACCUGUGAAAGGCAAAAAAGACAUUGCAGCAAGCGGUGUUGGUAAUGAACCAACAAUCCAAUCUCGUUCACCGCAGGUUCCCGAACAUUCCUUUCCUCAUUGGGCCCAUUCUCCUUCAGAAACCAGGGAAUCUAAAGACGAGUGUGGGACCAAAGAUCUUGCUGCCGAGUCCCAUGGCACCAUCUCAAGAGCCCUAUCUUGUUCCCCACAGGAUCCUGAGCCAUCUUUUCCCUAUUCGGCUCAUUCUGCUUCAGAAAGCAGGGCAUCUAAAGACGAGCGUGGGAUCGAGGAUGUUGUUGCUGAAGCGCAUGACACUGUCUCACCUGAAAACGACAGCAGCAGGUCCAUCAACAAGGUGCAAAAGGACUUCCUUCUUCCAUCAUCUCUCGUCGUUGGCAGUCUAGAAGAACCACCGAACGGGGACUCUCAAUCUGUGCCCAGAUCGCUCGAUAGGAUGGAGAGCGACAAAAAUAGUAUGGCCAAGGAUAUCACCAAGGAAUUUCAGGGGAUGCUCGUCAUCUUUGGAGAAAGCAGCGCAGGAGUCGUGUCGUCUUCAAAUGACAGCAAGCGACUACGAGAAGAGGCAAAGGGCGGCACUGCCGCGGCAGUGGCCCAGAGACAGCCAGUGGUCACGACCGCUGGAGCGACGUUACCUCGGCAUGUCGUGGUCGGAGCUACGCAGCCUAUGCGAUGCUAUAAUCGUAAUCAGCCUGGCCACUUGGCCAAAGACUGUCCGCGACCUCGGGCUCAGGUGGGAAUCGCUGGCCCAUCCCAAAUCUCGUUGGCAGCUCCAACUGCUGCAGGCCAAGGGCAGGUGGCAGCGGUCAUGGAUGCGGGGACCCCAGACUUGGUGGCCCCAGCGGCCGCAGAAAUUGGAAUCGAUGAAUACAUGGCGGCCGCGGUGCUUGAACCUGGGACCAUUGGCGUAAUCCGCCAUACCCCGACGAUCACAACAUCGUCGAGAACCUGUGGGUGUACUACGUCAUCUCGCGACCCAAGCCGAAGAAGAAGGAGGGCACGGUGGCAUAAUACCCGUUCGGGGAGAUCGGGACGAGCAGGCGGGCUACUGGAGCUCAUUCAUAUCGAGUUGUUGUCUAUCGCGCAAGUGAUCGCAAGCAAAGAAGAGGAUCUCCAACUCCGCAUGCAAACAGCAUCGGCUCCGCGUCGAUCUUACCACUCGGCAGUGGUACCGGACUAUAUCGACCAGGAGGGGGAAAAGGUGGUGAGCAUUGCCGAUUGGAAGUCACUGCGGCCUCCCUCAUCCUACCCCAAGCUAGUAGCCCCGAGGGCCCUCAGGAAAACGCCCAAGAAGAGACGCCGCCAGCCAUCGCCUAAAGCGCAAGGAAGCCGAGUGGGACCCGAAGAAGAGGUCAACCAGGUCGGGCGGCUGCGGAAGCUAGAUCCUGUUCCAGAGAACAAGGCGACACCGAUCGAGGGACCUCCGCCAGGGGAAGGGGCAGAAACAAGCAGAUUUCGGAUACACGGGAACCCUCCGGAGCCGACACCUCAGCCGCCGUUCCUUCCCGACCUCAAUCUUGAUGGAGCCGGCCCAUCAGCACCAGCAGGAGGAGGAGUGGGAAGAGUACCAUAUCUCGCACCCGGACACCCCAUCCUCGCAGGACCUUUCCGUUUCCUCCAGCCACCCAGGGGUGCCCCGAUCAUUGACCUUAGCAGUUCCUCCGAGCCGGACGGUCCACCUGACGGAUGUCGCGUUCAUGGUGGAGCCUCCAACCAUUAGGCUCGAAGCAAUCGAGGGGGGUCCGCGUCCUGAUCUUGCAUGGGAGCCAUAUCUGGAGCGGCCAUUUGAAGGAGCGUCACGACCAG